GCGGCACAUGUUCCAUCAACCGCAGCCCCAAGAACAGAUGAUCAGUGAUCGCCAUCGAAAGCGGCGGUGCCUUUUUCGCAGCUGCCACAGCCCACACGAGAGCUCCAUUGCUCGACCAACCCUACAAGAACACCGCCAGUCUCUCACCUACCCCCUGCUCUCCGUGCACCAGAUUUCCCUCUCACUCCUUCCUCUAAUCCUCUCCCUCUCCCAAGUCCCAAGUCUCCAUCACUCCGUGCUACGUCUCCCUCUCACUGACGCAGGAGAGCAAGAGAGGGUUACACUAACCGAAAAGACACCGAGCAAGAUCAACUGGCUUCUCAAGAAACAAGCAGGAGGAGUGCACACAAGCGAGAGAGACAACGACCCUGCUGCUGUAUCUGCAUUUUUUUUUCCUUUGGAUUCCCUGACUCGCAUGGUAUCUUGUCAGAAAGGCACGUACUUUUGUGUGCUUGCUGUUGUAGCGCCCUUGUCUCCUCUCCGGAAGUCCGGAUAGCCAAAGAGAAGAGAGACCCAGAGAGAGAGGGGGCAGCAAUGAGGUCAAUGUCGCCGCCAUUGCCGUUCCUCUGGUCCUCCAUCCUCGUCUUCUUGUUCCUGUUGUGUCGGCCAUUGGUGGCCAAUGGGAGGGCUCCGCCGCCCAUGGCUUCUUCCCCAUCUCCGGGGCCUUCUGCCGGGCCCGUGCAGCCGGCUCAGCGCAACCUCAACGGCAGCGGUGCCGCCGUGCUUCCUGCGGCUGCGGCGCCUCCUCCCUUGGUGGUCAUUGUGGUGGAGAGGCACCACCAUCUCCGCAGGGAGCUCAUCGCUGCCAUUGUCCUCUCCUCCGUCGCCGGCGUCACCAUCGUCCUUGCCGCGUUGUGUGCCUGCAUCCUGUGGCGGCGAUCACGCAGAGACCUCGACUCCAAGGAUACCCAGAGUUCGGAUACCGCAAGGAUCGCAUUCGUGCCAAUGUUGAACAGCUUCAACUCAUUCAAGACAAGCAAGAAUGGGGCUGCCGCGAUGAUGGAUUAUGCCUCUUUGGAGGCGGCGACCGGGAAAUUCAGCGAGAGCAAUGUGCUUGGAGUUGGUGGAUUUGGGUGUGUGUACAAGGCCAAUUUUGAUAGAGGAGUUGUUGCUGCAGUGAAGAGACUGGGUGGCGGGGGACAGGAAUGUGAGAAGGAAUUUGAGAAUGAGCUAGAUUUGCUUGGGAGGAUUCGGCAUCCGAACAUAGUGUCCCUUGUGGGCUUCUGUAUUCAUGAGGAGAACCGUUUCAUCGUUUAUGAGCUGAUGGAUAAUGGAUCACUGGAAACACAACUUCAUGGGCCAUCACAUGGGUCAGCUCUAACCUGGCACAUUCGAAUGAAGAUAGCCCUUGACACAGCAAGGGGAUUAGAGUACCUUCAUGAACACUGCAGCCCACCAGUUAUCCACAGGGAUCUGAAGUCUUCUAACAUACUUUUAGAUUCCGACUUCAAUUCUAAGAUAUCAGAUUUCGGCCUUGCAGUGACUAGUGGAAAUCACAGUGAAGGGAACCUGAAGCUUUCUGGGACUUUGGGUUAUGUAGCUCCUGAGUACUUAUUAGAUGGGAAGUUGACCGAGAAGAGCGAUGUAUAUGCCUUCGGAGUAGUACUUCUCGAACUUCUAUUGGGAAGGAAGCCUGUUGAGAAGAUGGCACAAUCCCAGCGCCAAUCGAUUGUUACAUGGGCCAUGCCUCAGCUAACCGAUAGAUCAAAGCUCCCUAACAUAAUUGACCCCGUAAUAAAGAAUGCAAUGGAUCUGAAGCACUUAUACCAAGUUGCAGCGGUGGCUGUGCUCUGUGUGCAGCCAGAGCCAAGUUACAGGCCACUAAUCACCGAUGUACUCCACUCUCUGACUCCCCUAGUGCCCAUGGAGCUUGGAGGGACAUUGAGGGUCGGCGCCGAAUCACCUUAUGCUACUCAGAACCAUUCUCCCUGUUGAGAUAAAAGAGAUGGACAUGGUUGGAAUCGGUGAUUCAAUUGGGUCUGUUCAUCCAAGUGGUUCAGAUAACUUAUGAUGUUGAGUGCGGGUUAUUGUUCCUUGCUUGCAUUGCCUUCCCUGGUGUUUGUCUGAGUGAGCUACUUCUUGUCAAGCUGAGUUGGUAGAGCUUUCGGGUUUGCAGAGAAAAGGGUGACAUCUCUCCCUGGCUGUACAAAGAAGAGCAUAAUGCCCUCUUUUUCCUUCUUCUUUCUUUUUGGAUCUGAUAACCGCUGUAUAGAUUAAAGAUUUUUCACACUGUAAAUCAAUACCAGAAUUGAAGAGAUCUUUGCCCCA